AUGGGUGCUGGUGAAAUUUUUGAUCCUUGCGAGGAAAAUAUUUCGGAUGAAUAUGUCAGUUCCACUACCAAACCUUUGAUAACCACUACCAGCAUAAACGACGCCAUCAACGAUGCUUGGACCACAGGCGACCGUACCACCC